AUGAGAGCCUCAACGCGCUUCUCUAUUAUUGCUGAUGGCACAACUGACUGUUCUGGAGAAGAGCAAUUUUCAUUGUUUAUACAUUUUGUUCAUCCAGACUUACUCACUACAAAUAAAGUAUUUGUUGGAAUUAACAACCCAGAAGACUCCAAAGGCUCUACACUUGCUGCAGCGAUAAAAGAUAUUUUGCUACAACUAAAUUUAACCCUUUCAAUGCUAUGUGGGGAAUGUUUUGAUGGUGUGCGUAUGUCGGGAAAAAACAAAGGGAUUAAAAAAAUUCUACAUCAUGAGCAACCCAAGUCGAUACAUGUACAUUGCUCAAAUCAUUCCCUUAAUCUCGCACUGCAGGAAGUUACCAAAGAAAAUGAUAAAAUCUGUGACGUUCGUUGCUUGAUUUCAUCGAACGCUACUUUAAAAUCUCCCAAGAAAAGAAAGAUUUACGAAAGCGUUGUAGUACAUGCAAUAGAAGAUGAUCUUGAAAAAACAUGGCAUAAUUUAAUUGCAAUGUAUCCUACUACGGUACAAGAAAGAGUAUCCUAG